GUGUCUAUGACGUUUCGCUCACCUAACCCCUCCCCUCCAGGAACCAAUCCGCUGUUUUCCCGCGCAGCAAUAGAGGGGUUUUUGUUACGUAUCGCGUGAUUACGUUUCCCCUGCACGUGAUGCAGUGACGUGACAGAAUUACCCGGAAGUACCGUCAUGCUGCAGGAGCUGAGAAGCGGAGGGGCCCAGGGGCUUGUGCUGAUUUCCGAUACAGUGGCACACAGUGGCAGGGAGUUGCUGCACAGCUUUAUACUAGCGGCUUUGGAAAGGGGGGAGCAGGUCCAUGUGAUGGGGUACGAGCUCUCGCAAGAAGAUUUCCUGCUGGGAUUCCCUGCACACCUUGUAUCUAGGCUGCACUUCCACGACGGACACUCGGACCCACUGCAAUGGAUUGGGGGCCCCCACUCACUUGGCCCUUUGGAUUUCACAGCUGAGAGGAUACAGGCGCUGCUCCGGGAUUCUGUUUCCAUGGUGACCGUUGUAGUGGACUCCCUGAGCUGGAUCAUGGCUCGCUCCCCCCUGGCUUCCAUCUGCCGCACACUCAGAGACUUGUCCCAGGGGCACAAAAGAGCAGUUCCCAGGGUGUUGGCACUUUUGCACAAGGAUUUGCACAGCCCCGGGGUCGUCCGUUCUGUCAAUCUCCUCGCUGACACGGUCAUUAACAUGGAGUGGAGGGGAGACUGGGACCGGAUCACUGUGAGCCACUGCAAGAAGUCCAGAAAGAUUGUGACCAGUGAGGAAAUGGUGAGAAUACUGGGGGAUCUCUCCCUAGAGGUGCUUAGAGAAAAGCAAAUGGAGCAAAGGAAAGCACAAGAGGUGGAUCCAACAGCAAAUCUGACGUUUAACCUGCGCCUGUCAGACGCUGAGCGGGAAGUUAAGGAUUCGGCCAUCUUGCCCUUUACCUUCAGUGACCGCAAGAAAUCCUCCCUGCUGCAGUCGGGCCCCGGCUCCGCCAGAGUCUAUUAUGAGCCGGAUCCGGCAGAUGAGGAUGAUGAGGAAGAUCCAGACGAUGAUCUUGAUGUGUAGUUGUGGGAGCAGAUAUAUCCGGUAGGAUAAAGUACAUUGCUUCCGUGAUCCAGCAGGGGGCGCUCAGGAAUAUGAGACAUAUAUACACUCAAGGUUAUAGAUGUGACUGUAUAACUGCCCUGGGCUUAUUAGCACACACACACCAAGGAGUAUCCGUGUGUAAUAGCCACUCCCAGUCUUGUGUUAGGGGCGGGCCUUGUAUCCAGAGGGGGGAGGUUCUACUCUCCCCAAUAUCAGUGACCUGUUUGUCUCAGUGCAGUCUCAUAUCAAUAAACUGCUCUUCCCUAUU